AUGAUAGACUUUGCCAAUUACAUUAAGUGUAUGACUGAGGUGCACAAUUUUCAACAGUUCCCAGAGAAACAAAACAACCUACUGGUCAGCGGCGAACUCAGUGCUCCAAAGGAUGUGGGAAGUCUCCUGGACUGUUUGUCCCAGUGUUCCAGUGUAGACUGCAAGGUUAUCUUUUACAAUGGCAGGUCUCGUGAGUGUUUCCAGUUAAACCGACACAUUACAAAUCUGGACACCUUCACAGCCAGCAGCGACAUAACAGUGUACGUUGAUCCUACAGUUCCAACCACUACUACUACUACUACUACUACUACUACUACUACACCAUCACCAGGGGAUGACUGA